AUGUCUCAAGGGAGCUACCAGUUCGACUCCAACGGAGUGAGGUUUUCUAAGAAACUCACCAUAGAAAUGGUUAGUCAGUUCGUAACACAGUUUUUGCACUAUAGAGAUGCACGGGAUGCGUACUUAACCCACGAGGCAGUUCUCCAGUAUCUACAGUCAGAGUCUCAGAACAAUAAUUCCGAUAGACCUAGUGACAAGGAGAAGAAGACUAAAACAGCUAUUCAAGCGAUUGGGGAGAAGAUGUCUCUUGCCGUUAAAAAUAUGCCUUCGGAGACCUCCCCCUAUGACGUUGUCUCACUCCUUUCCACUCUUUGUGGGUACUUUGAGAUCACCCCUUUUCUCAUGGAUCCGGAGUUUGAGCUGAUUGUUAACGUUUUCUCUGAGGCAUUUCAGAAAGUUUGGAAUGAUCCCACCUCUUCUGACGUCCCUCGUUAUCCUGAAAAGGUGAAGAGCACUAUUCCGUACUACUUUUCUGUCUGCUAUGCAGAAAGUGGCAUGCCUGCGGCACCGAUGGGUCACGUUUACAUACCAGAGACCAGGAUGUUUCCGGGCCUGAUACUAGGGAACGCACGGUCUCGCGACCUACUUGAUUGUGCCAGACUAGCUCCAGAUAGCCCCAUGAGCAUCGAGAAGCUGAGGUUUAUAUCAGAACUCUUCCAAUAUGCAAGCGCAGACUUCUUUAGGAGCACAGAAAUGCUCACCUUGGUUGCUUCUGUCUUGGGGUAUGCCCUGUUUACAGGGAACAUAGAUAUAUUUGUUCAGGACAAUGAGGAGUCCGACGAUGAAAACGAUGAUGAUGUUUCGUGUAGAGCCUUCUCUUUUUUGAUGGAGAAUCUCACGGAUGGCAGCAAUGCCAGCACAGAGGUUAUCCUUUCAUUUUGGGCUGGCGCCGGGGCCGCUGUUCAGCAGGCCGCUGCUAAGGAAGAGGCUAAUGGGGCCAAAAGCGGGUGCCUACCCAUCAAGCAUGAGUCUAUGAUGCAGACACUAGAGACGCUUGUGUCUUUCUUUGAGAUCUUUAGUUUAACAAACAUCAGAACCGAGGAUUUGCACAGAGAAUUGAUAGACAACAAAAAUAACUCACUGGAGCACUUCAAUGAUCUUUGCACUUCGUUCUUUAAAACACUAGCUGCUUGUUAUCAGUUUGCAGAAGAUUCUAAGCAUUCAUCUGACCUGGGAGCCUACACGUUUAACAAGGUGUCGUCCUGCUGCUUGACCUUUUGCAUCCAGCGUAUCAUGAUAUUGCUAUCUACAGCUUCAGCAAAUGACAUAGAGACUGGCAUAUCUGACGCCAUCGGGAAGACCCUCCUACUGUACAGUUUCUCGCCGGCACAGAGAGAAUUCCUAAGCAAAUUCUUGUCCGUAGAGGAUGCAGAUGAGGCACUGAUAGGGUCGAUUACAACGUCUGUGGCGCAUAGAUUUGCAUUUGUCUGCACUUCAAUGAAAAAGAGCCCCUCUUGUCUGUUCUACACUGGAAGCUCUACCGCCGUCCUUCCACUUCUUUGGAAUCUUUACCUCGCAACGGCAGAGAUUCUGGAACCUUCUGUUUUGUCUGAGACUCUUAAGACUUACCUCGUUAAUAUUAAGGCCACGGAGUCUUUCUCGAUUACAACACCUAAGAGCUUGUUCUCCUUAGCCUUGUCAGCAUUUAUAAAUGAUGUAGAAGAUUGUGAAGUAUUCAGUGACGUCUACCACAAUUUGAAGAACGGUACAGACGAGGAAAAAAAAAUAUAUCUCACCUACCUGUUGAGAAAGUUGCAGGUUUCUCGCAAUCUAUCUGCAGAAUAUACCACACGUAUCCGUGAUGAGCUCAAAGGCUUCGAGGCUGUUUCUGCACCCCAUUGUAAGCUAUCAUAUGCUCUUUUGUCAGCGUUCGGUCCUGUUGAAAUUGCUGACAAUCAGAUAGAUCUUUUGUUGCCUGAUAGGUGCAACAUAGUAGAUGCCCUGGUUUCUUUUCGCAAGAAUUAUCAUGAUUCCAAUUCCAUAUCACGCCAUCUGGAGAGGUUUUUGCAGAGUCUCGUGGAUAAAGACACAGAGGAAAUGCUCCUUCCUCUCUUUCAAAAGGAGAAUCUUGGAGAGCUGAAUAUUCCGGAGGUCAACCUAGUUGCACAGCUUGAAAAAGUGGGUGCUGUAGAUAAUCAGAAAGGUGGUGACGAGAAGCAUGCUAGUUCCGACGAUAGUAGCGAUGAGGAUAGUGACUCCAGCAGUAGCAAUAAAUCAAGCGAUAAAGGUGCCCUAAUGGAGCGAUUCAAAAACCUCUCGUUGCAGGAGAUUAAUUACUAUUUCCGCCGAACCGAUAUUACCCACUUGUCCGCCCUUUUAGAAAUACUCUAUGUUUCAAUUCACCACACUGAUGGAGUCAGCGAUUACCUUGUGAUGAAUGUCCUCGUGCCCUUACUUCUUCGUCUUGUGCAAAUGAUGUUCGCUCGAUACUCUUCUUUACUGGAAGCUUUAGGUGUGUCUCAUGAGUGGGACAUGGCCUCAGCGCUUUCCAAGAGUCUCGAGAGAGGCUAUACCAGUGGGGAGCGCCGCCUUGCUGUAAUCGUUGGGUGGAUGGUUUGCAUCGUCGACAAACUAGGAGAGAUUUACGAUUAUUCGACUAUUCUUUGGAGUAUACUAAAACUGAAUGCAGAUCAGCUCAAGACUACAACCUAUGACCUCUACAUCCAUAGUCCAAAGGAGACCUUUGUCUCGCUUCCUUUGGCGGUCGUGGUCGCGUACUUGCUAACAAUCAUUGCAUCCGUUAAUAUUGAACAAGCGACAGAUGAUUUGCUUUACCUUGCUGCCGUCAAUCUACGCCUGUCGGGUAACCAUGACUUGGAUAGAUAUCCUGAGCGGAAGGAUGUACUUGAUCUGUCGCAGGCAAGCAUCAUUUGUAAGAAAAUAGCGCCCUUCUUUGCCGCACAACUGGCUCCUCUGAAGGAGAAAGCACAGGAGUGCGUCAUAACGAGCUACGCUGUCAUCGCCAUGGAGAUCACCUCAGAUGUUACUGAUUCAAAGAAGAAGAAGUCACAAGCCAUCAUGAAAAAGGCACAGAAUAUAUUUAGAAUUAUUUCGGCUCUCGCUUCCAUAGAGAACCUUCCGCCAGAAGAGUCCUCUGGACCAACAGCUGACACGUCUUUGGCAAUAUCAAGGCCCGCCGACCCUCUCGAACGUAAUUAUGCACCAGUAGGGGUUGUGUCUGAUCGCUUCUACAUCGCCCUUCUUGAGCUCGUCACUGACGCAUACCGUGAUGGUUGUGAAGUUAUGGACGCCAUUUAUAGCACGACCAUAAGUUCAGUAGAGUAUACAGCCAAUGACCUUAAGGCUACGUCUGGAUAUAGGAUUGCAUAUCUAAUGGGUGUGAUCGCAAUUAUAGUCCACGAUACUGGAGCAUUUCCAAAAAGCCCAUACUAUAGCGAGAAGCAAAUCGGAAACCUUCUUCAUUAUGCGCUGACGCUUAAGAACUAUUUUACCAAUCCAGAAGAAUCUCACAUCCUCGCCAAUGCUGUUCAAAUAAUCUGCAACUAUCUAGUGCGGUUUGAGACGUAUGAGCACGGCGAAUUGAAGCACUUUGUUGAGCGUAUGAAGGACAUUAGGGACUAUGUUAUUCCAAAAGACGCGUCCCUGGAGAUGCUGCGUCUGUGCUAUAAUCUGAAAGAAGUAUCGUGCGCAUCUCUCGUAGCAUUAGCAGAUAACAAGGCGUUUUCUGGCAAGCAUGGAAUGAAGCCUCUUGAUGAUGGCAUGAAGAAAACCCUAGAUGCAAUGAUGUCGCUUCCGUGGGAGAAUAGAACAGCAGCGGAAAUUGCAAGCCAUUUACUAGGGAGCAUGAUCGAGCAUAAUGUCUUUUCCACUCGCAAGAAUCGCGCUAUGUUUGACUUAGUGACCUCGGUAGUCGAGUACCUAGGCGAGGUGUUAGAGGAGUCGGACAUGGAUUUCCAAGACGAUGACUACUGA